CUCAGGAUUCAAGCUUUUCAUUGCAUCAGGUUGGACAAAUCCUUGCUCAGAUGUAAUUUUGACCUCCAGUGCUUUCUUCAGAAAUUUCUAAGAUGGCAAGCUUAUCAUGGUCGAAAUAUUUCAUGAGCAUUUCUGGGGUCCUGUUGCAAAUUGGGGACUUCCUUUGGCAGCAUUAGCAGACUUAAAGAAAGACCCUGAGAUGAUUAGUGGUAAAAUGACUGCAGCACUUGCAAUUUAUUCCUCAUUAUUUAUGAGAUUUGCUAUCAGAGUACAGCCUCGUAAUAUGUUGUUGUUUGCCUGUCAUAUUACCAACUUCUCUGCUCAAAUGAUGCAAGGUGGAAGAGUUAUUCAUUAUCAUUAUUUUACCCCAGUAUCAGAGAGGAAGAAACAUCAUAUUGAAGUUGUUGAAGAAGAAAUUCACCAUCAUCCUGAAAGAUACCCAGAGAUUCAUCCAGUACCAUUAGAUCGCCUCACACAAAGCCAGGCUGAAAAAGAAGUCCAGGAAUUUGACAAGAAAUAUUCCCUUCCUAAAGAACCAGUGCCACAUAUAAAGCCUACAUUAUAGACCUUGUGACAAAAGUUUAUAAAAUUUGGGACAAAUUUUGCCUGUUGCUUAACUUGAUUUUAAUUUUUAGGCUGAUUAGAAAAAGCAUGAUCUCUAAAUACGCAGAUACAAUUAGUUUUAAAAAAAAUGUAUGGUUUUAAUGAAAAAAUUGAAAGUUCAAAUUGAUAACCAGAGAUUUUUUAAUUACAAUGUAAUAGAAAUAUUGUUAUGAAGAUGUUAUACUUGUUAUUGUUGUUUUAAUUAUGUAUAGAGCUUUCUGGAAACUCACUUCUGAAAGUCAGAAUCUGAUUAUAAAUAACUUUAGAAUACAUUUUUAUUCUUGUUUGGGAGUGUACUUGUAUGAAUACUGGUUUAGUUCAGUUUGUAAGCAAGGUUAAAAGUAAAUAGAAAAUAUGUGAACAAACGUUUCCAACUUUUUAUUGUAGUUUGAUUCCGCAUGAUAACAGAUAUGUAGGAAGGCAAAACACAUUUAAAUACUAUAUUAGACCAAAUAUUAUUUAUAAAUCAACAGAGAUUACAACUAAUCAUUUGCGCUUCAUUAAACUUUAAUGCAGCACAGCAGUGUAAAUAUCUGAUAAACAAACUAACUUUCUUCAAAUUUUAAUUUAAGACACAAAAAAACAUGAUUCUGGAAAGGACUUUUAUAGUGAAAAAUGUAAUUCAGAAAUUAUUGCGUGUAUUUAUUAUUGCAAUUUUAUCAUUUUAGACUUAAAUGCAAUUUUAAUUUUUAUGAUGGUGAGAAAAAUCCUGUUUAAUUCACAUAAAAUAUUUCAAAAUGUGAGUUUAAAUUUUUGCAUUUAGCAAUAAUAAAAAAUUUCGCAAUAAUUUCUGAAUUUACAGUAUCUUUAAAUUGUAAUGACAUAUAUUUUUAAUUGUAUGGCAUAAUGUUACAUUUUUACCUGUGAUAUACAAACUUAAAUAGUCAUUUUCAUAGAAAGUGAUAAUUCCGAAACAUAGUAUUAUAUUAAAAAUAAAUUGGAAUCUCAUUUAACUUUAACUUUUACUUGCCAUGAACACAUUUGAUAGAUGAGAAAGGUUCAGUCAUAUUCUUUGACCUCUCCAGUAUUUUCACUUAGGUUUGAAAAAGUCUUAUAUUCAAAAUUUAGCACCAAAUUAAUCAAUAGCUAGGUAGCAGGGUGAUAGAUUUUGAUUAGAAUUCUAAAAUUAAUAUAUUAUUAACAAUUGGUAUCACUUUGUUAUAAAGAUAAGAAUACUUUGGAUUCAUUUGUUUUCAUAGGUAUCAAUUUUUGAGGAUUGUUAAAAAAUUGUGUUUAGUUGAUUUCAUUUGGUUUUUUUAUACAUUCUGCAUGUAAGUUGAUAUAAUAUUUGUAUGCUGACUUAAAAUCUACAUUAAGGUAUUAUGUUCAUGUGAAUGCAUAAACAAUCCAUAUUAGCCCACUAGAUUUUAGAACAUUCCAGACAGAGACAUAGUAAAGAUGUAUAUAUAGAAGAAGACACAUUAGCUUCUUAAUAAACAGAAAAUUAUAUGCACUAUCAUAGGUGUAGCAUCUGCAAAAAUACUGUAGUGGUACUACCUAAAAAUAAAAAAAAUGUUCUGAAGUAACUUAACACCUAUAAAUGCUUUAUAUUACUGUGGAUUCAUGUAUUUUCAGUGGGUAUCAAUUUUCAAGGAUUGCUGAAAACUUACAUAUACGUGGAUAUUUUAUUUCAUGGUUUUGUCAAUCUCUAUGCAAAGCCUAUUGAAAAUAUGUUAUUCGUUGGACUUUUGAAUUUGUUGUUUACCUGUAAAUCCUAUGAAAAUUGGUAUCCAACAAAUAAUAAUUAAUCCACAGUAUAUAGUUUUCCUGAUAGGAAUAACUACAACUCCCAAACUACUGAUUUGUUAUUCUUUUAUGAAUGUUAAUCUAUGGAAGGUAGCGUACACCUGAAAAUAAGUAACAAAUGCCUAGUUAUUUCACAUGUUUCACUUUGUAUUGGGUUCAUAUAUCUGACCUAUGGUAAUGUGUCCCUGUAUGAUAAUGCAGAUGCAGACAGGGCUAAUUUUUUUUAACAAUAAUAGAUCUUGGGGAUUCAUACUAUUUAUUUUUAUAUAGGUUUAGACAAUAUCAAGGUGACAACAUGUUUUACUUUGGGUAUUAAGUCGUAAGGGGGAUGAACAAUAAUGAUUUGUAUUAUGCUGUCAGGGUUGAGGUUAACACGGGUUUUACUUUGUGUAUACCGUAAUGUAUUUAGGGGAGAUAAUCAAUCCAAAUGACUACUUUGGUUGUGAACAAUAAAGAUAGUUUAAUACAGUGUCAGGUUUGAGGUAACGACAAGUUUUACUUUGUGUAUAAUGUAUUAAGGGGAGAUUAUUAAACUGAAAGACUACAUUGCCAGUGAAAGAUAAAGAUUGUUUUAUACUGUCAGGUUUGAGGUAAACUUUGUUAUAGAUUUUCUUUUCUUUUGUAUUUUGUCCCAAGGGUAUUUGUAUUUUUGUUAACUACAUAUAUUUCUAUCUACCAAACUUUCAACUAGAAGUGACAUUUUUGUUGAUCUGUAGCAAAUAUUUUCAAUCAAAAAUGCUGUCUUAAAUACCUUUGUAACUCGAACUGAUGUAUUGAAAUAUCUGAAUUCUAUCUAUUGGCUGGUUAAAAGGUUUUUAUACGACCGCAAAUUUUGAAAAAAAUUUUGUCGUAUAUUGCUAUCACGUUGGCGUCGUCGUCGUUGUCGUCGUCGUCAUCCGAAUACUUUUAGUUUUCGCACUCUAACUUUAGUAAAAGUGAAUAGAAAUCUAUGAAAUUUUAACACAAGGUUUAUGACCAUAAAAGGAAGGUUGGUAUUGAUUUUGGGAGUUUUGGUCCCAACAUUUUAGGAAUAAGGGGCCAAAAAGGGCCCAAAUAAGCAUUUUCUUGGUUUUCGCACUAUAACUUUAGUUAAAGUAAGUAGAAAUCUAUGAAAUUUUGACACAAGGUUGAUGACCACAAAAGAAAGGUUGGGAUUGAUUUUGGGAGUUUUGGUUUCAACAGUUAAGGAAUUAGGGGCCAAAAAAGGGCCCAAAUAAGCAUUAUUCUUGGUUUUCGCACAAUAACUUUAGUUUAAGUAAAUAGAAAUCAAUGAAAUUUAAACAUAAUGUUUAUGACCACAAAAGAAAGAUUGGUAUUGAUUUUGGGAGUUUAGGUCCAAACAGUUUAGGAAUUAGGGGCCAAAAAGGGACCCAAAUAAGCAUUUUUCUUGGUUUUCGCACCAUAACGUUAGUAUAAGUAAAUAGAAAUCUAUGAAAUUUAAACACAAGGUUAAUGACCAUAAAAGGAAGGUUGGUAUUGAUUUUGGGAGUUUUGGUCCCAACAGUUUAGGAAAAAGGGGCCCAAAGGGUCCAAAAUUAAACUUUGUUUGAUUUCAUCAAAAUUGAAUAACUGGGGUUCUUUGAUAUGCCGAAUCUAACUGUGUAUGUAGAUUCUUAACUUUUGGUCAUGUUUUCAAAUUGGUCUACAUUAAUGAUUAAGGUCCAAAGGGUCCAAAAUUAAACUUAGUUUGAUUUUGACAAAAAAUGAAUCGGUUGGGUUCUUUGAUAUGUUGAAUCUAAAAAUGUACUUAGAUUCUUGAUUAUUGGCCCAGUUUUCAAGUUGGUCCAAAUCUGGGUCCAAAAUUAAACUUUUUUGAUUUCAUCAAAAAUUGAAUAAAUGGGGUUCUUUGAUAUGCCAAAUCUAACUGUGUAUGUAGAUUCUUCAUUUUUGGUCCCGUUUUCAAAUUGGCCUACAUUAAGGUCCAAAGGGUCCAAAAUUAAACUAAGUUUGAUUUUAACAAAAAUUAAAUUCUUGGGCCUCUUUGAUAUGCUGAAUCUAAACAUGUACUUAGAUUUUUGAUUAUGGGCCCAGUUUUCAAGUUGGUCCAAAUCAGGAUCUAAAAUUAUUAUAUUAAGUAUUGUGCAAUAGCAAGUCUUUUCAAUUGCACAGUAUUGUGCAAUGGCAAGAAAUAUCCAAUUUCACAAUAUUGUGAAAUAGCAUUUUUUUUUUUAAUUAGAGUUAUCUUUCUUUGUCCAAAAUAGUAAGCAAGAAAUAUCUUAUUGCAAGAAAUUUUUUAAUUAGAGUUAUCUUUCUUUGUCCAGAAUCAACUUAAAUCUUUGUUAUAUACAAUAUACAAUGUAUAUUCACUUUUUACUACCAACUGAUAAAUUUAAAUAAUCUUUACCAUUCAGUGAUAACAAGCAGUUUUUUACAUCUCAAUAUUUUAUGAUGUAUUUAAAUGAGUAGUUAUUGUUGCAAACUCAAUUAGAAUAUUUUAAUUGAGAUUAGUUUUGGAAUAAGGGAAAGGGGGAUGUGAUUAAAAAAUUGGGUUCAAUUUUUCUCAUUUGAAAUUUCAUAAAUAAAAAGAAAAUUUCUUCAAACAUUUUUUUGAGAGGAUUAAUAUUGAACAGCAUAGUGAAUUGCUCUAAGAGAAAACACAAAUUUUAAGUUCAUUAGAACACAUUCAUUCUGUGUCAGAAACCUAUGCUGUGUCAACUAUUUAAUCACAAUCCAAAUUUAGAGCUGAAUCCAGCUUGAAUGUUGUGUCCAAACUUGCCCCAACCGUUCAGGGUUCAACCUCUGCGGUCGUAUAAAGCUACGCCCUGCGAAGCAUCUGGUUAUUUAUUGAUGCAAGGUAAAAUGAAUUCUAAGAAAAAAACAAAGGUCAUUCUACUGUGUAGAGUGUAUGACAUAUGAUCAGGGUGAAUUUAUUGUUACUUUGUUUACCCUUUUGUAUUUAUUACUACACUAAUAUUGAGUGCUCAAAUUUGGAGUUUUGUGUUAUUGUGUAGUCAUUAUUUUAUAUUAAGAAAACGUUGUUAUAUUUUCUGUAUUAUUAGCAGACUGCAUUAUGUGAUGGCAUGAACAAAAACUUUGUUACAUUAUAAUUGUUUGUGCUGUCAAGUUAUUUUGACAAAAUUAAAGAACAAUUAAAUUGGA